GCUGCGAGGCGGAUGAAGUUUCUCUCGAACCAGCGGUGUGUUCGAACCCAGACUGAGUUUAUUUAGCUAUAUGUGUUUCAGAGUCGCUCUCUUUGAGCUACGUUGUACAUGUGUACUGUGGAAGCAGGUUUUUCUCGAAGAUACAAUUAUACUUGACCAUUCGGCAGCUUCCGACCCGGACAACAUGGCUGCUUGAAUAACCUGAGCUUGAUACUAGGUUUGCUGAGCAGAAACUGUUCGUAAAGUUGUCAGAAAGCUGAAAUUAGUCCUUUUAAAAUAUAUUUAUACAACGCAGUCGUCUUUCUUCGUCGUGGACCACAAUGAGCAGCAUCAAGGAGGAAACUCGAAGUGCGUCCCCUCAGUGCCCCAAACCAGAUGAAUCUGAGGAGCCCCACGGUACGGCCAUGGAGACCGCAGGGGGUCAGGCAGAUGGGAGUGUGAAGUCGGAGAACAUUCACGAGGUGAUCAUUACCAAGGAAAUGGAGGAGGAAGAGAACCAGCUGAUGGAGGAAGGGGAGCGAAAGGAGAAGGAGAUGAUGAAAAAGGCCCAGGAAUCAUUUGAGAGGGACUCGCAGGAUGUGCGCUUAAAGAGACUCCAGCAUCUGCUCCAGAAGAGCAACAUCUACUCUAAAUUCCUGCUGACAAAGAUGGAGCAGCAGCAGAAUGAGGAGAAACUCAAGAAGGAGAGGCUGGAGAAAAAGGCCAUGAAGGCUGGUGGUGGUGCAGAGACCCGGACAGAUGCCAAGAAGAAGAAGAGGAGGAGGGAUGAAGACUUUAAAAUAGCUGAUGUUAUGACUAAAGAAGAAAUCAUGUCUCAAGCGAAGAGAUCAAAAGUGGAGAAAGGGAAGAAACUCGACGCCGAGGAUAUUGAAAAAAUGAGCGAUUCCAACGAGGAAAUCAAGAGCCGGCUGUCGGAGACGGUUCGAGAGAACGCCAAGCAUCUCCUGGACCCUGACAGGAAGGUGAACGGGCAGCCAGUCCCCAUCCAGCAGCCCCAGCUGUUCACAGGCGGGGUGAUGAGGUGGUACCAGAUCGAAGGCGUGGAGUGGCUGAGGAUGCUGUGGGAGAACGGCAUCAAUGGCAUCCUGGCUGACGAGAUGGGGCUGGGGAAGACCAUCCAGUGCAUUGCCCACAUCGCUAUGAUGGUAGAGAAGAAGGUGAUGGGCCCCUUCCUGGUGGUGGCUCCUCUCUCCACAGUACCAAACUGGAUCAGCGAGUUUAAGCGCUUUGCACCAGAGAUAUCAGUGAUGCUUUACCAUGGCACUCCACCAGAGAGGUCCAAACUGCUGAAGCAGGUCCGCAGGUCUCAGGGGCCACUCAACAUGUUUCCAGUUGUCAUCACUUCCUUCGAGAUCUCCAUGAUUGACAGAAAGUUUCUGCAGCAUCUCCAGUGGAAGUACCUGAUAGUGGACGAGGGCCACAGGAUCAAGAACCUGAACUGUCGGCUGGUGCGCGAGCUGAAGAUGCUUCCCACCGACAACAAGCUGCUGCUGACGGGCACACCGCUGCAGAACAACCUGGCUGAGCUGUGGUCCCUCCUCAACUUCCUCCUCCCAGAGGUCUUCGAUGACCUGAAGAGCUUUGAGUCCUGGUUUGACAUCAACUCCCUCGGUGAGGGUGAUGACGUGGUAGUGGCAGAACGGGAGCAGAACAUCCUGAGCAUGCUGCAUCAGAUUCUGACCCCGUUCCUCCUGAGGAGGCUGAAGACAGAUGUUACUCUUGAGGUUCCUCCCAAGAAGGAGAUCAUAGUGUACGCCCCUCUGACCACAAAGCAGGAGACCCUUUACAGCGCAGUCGUCAACAAGACCAUAGAGAAGGUUCUGGGAAAGGACAAGAAAGAGGCUCCUGUGCCGGUGACGCCAGAUGGCAGACCAAAACGUCGCACUCGUAGAUCAGUGGACUACAGUGAGACGGAGAGCGACACACAGGCGGCUCUGAUGAAGUACCUGGAGAAAGUCCGUAAGGAGGCCGAGAACAGCCCAUCACCACCAGUGCUGGACAUUUCCACCCCGCCGGACGCCGACAUCACGUUGAAGUUGCAGAAUGUGCUGAUGGUGCUGAAGAGAUGCUGUAACCACCCGUACCUGGUGGAGUACCCCCUGGACCCGGUCACACAGCAGUUCAAGAUUGAUGAGCAGCUGGUUCAGACCUCAGGAAAGUUUCUCAUACUGGACAGGCUGCUGCCUGCUCUGAAGAAGAGAGGACACAAGGUUCUGAUCUUCAGCCAGAUGACGUCCAUCUUGGAUAUUCUGAUGGACUACUGCUACCUCAGAGAUUUCCGAUACAGCCGGUUAGAUGGCAGCAUGCCGUACACCGAAAGAGACGAGAACAUCCAAAAGUUUUUCACUGACCCAGAGGUGUUCAUCUUCCUGCUGAGUACCAGGGCAGGAGGACUUGGAAUCAACUUGACAGCAGCUGACACAGUUAUCAUCUUUGACAGUGAUUGGAACCCUCAGGCGGACCUGCAGGCUCAGGACCGCUGCCACCGCAUCGGACAAACCAAACCCGUGGUGGUGUACCGGCUAGUGACGGCCAACACCAUCGACCAGAAGAUCCUGGAGCGGGCGUCGGCCAAGAGGAAGCUGGAACAGAUGGUUAUCCACAAGAAAAAGUUCAAAGGUGGGAAGGCAGAGCUGAAUCAAAGUAAGAGCUGCAUCGAUCUGGACGAGCUACGGGAGCUGCUGCAGGCCAGAGGCCCUGAGAAGGAAGUGAAAUCCUCACAAGGAAAGGUGAUCAGUGACAAGGAUCUGGAGAUCUUACUGGAUCGCAGCGACCUGCUGGAUAACCGAAGGAGCAUGAAGGAGAAAGUGGGAGUCUUCAGAGUGAUCGACGCCAAAGAGUCGUCAGAGAUCACGCUGACCUGAGAGCCGUUCGACGUCCAGUCCGCUGCCACCUUAAGGAAGACAACCACGACAUUCUCCGAUGAUGGAGCUGCUGUUUUGUUCUGUUGAGUUGCUGUAAGAAUGCUUGUUUGUCAGUAAAUGUUAUAGAGAUUGUGAUAUUAAAAAUGUAAAACGACA